CGGAAGUCUGAGAUUUCCGGGUUGGCUGUUGUUUGAACACUGCAUCGUAAGAAAACUGGAAACGCGGGAAAAACGAGGUCAAAUCAUGAAGUCAGUGAUAUUCUGGUAGGAAAUUUGGAGCCCUAGAAAGAUGUCCGAGUUUCAGAUUUGGAAUUCCGAGUUGGAUGACGUUCAAAACGAUUUUCACAGUUGGAGCUAUUUUUUUCCGAGUUCCCAAUUAUCUUGAACCCACGGAAGUCGGAGGUUUCCGAGGUCUGAGUACCAGUUGUUUUGAACUGGGCAUAUCUGCUGCGAACUAGUCAUUGGGAAGGUCGUGCCAAACAUAAAUGUAGCUUGUACCACAUGACAAAAACGUGGGUCACUAAAACGCCUUAAAAUAUGACGUGGUUACUUCAAGUAUGUGCCUUUUGGAUUCCGGGAUUAGAUUUUACAGUAGCACGAUAGCGUGCGCGUUCAGUUGAAUCAAAUCGGAAGCAUCAAGUAACAUUAGCUGACGUUAACUUCUAGCUAAAUUCACAGAAUAACUAGAUAAACAUGAGUCCUGCUACAGGACUUCCUGCUUCUUCGGGAUCCCCUGGAAGUAGCACACCUUUCUCCAUAACAGGACAUAUCCAGCAAGUCUAUAGCCAUGUCAAAAUAGAGAAUUUGGUUGCAGGACUCAGUGGAGGAGUCGUGUCAACACUGGUGCUUCACCCUCUUGACCUAGUCAAAAUCAGGUUUGCAGUGAGUGAUGGACUGGACCUGAGACCUAAAUAUAAUAGCAUUAUUCAUUGUUUGAGAAAUGUGUGGCAGCAGGAGGGGGUCCGAGGACUCUACCAAGGAGUCACCCCCAACAUCUGGGGUGCUGGGGCAUCAUGGGGCCUCUACUUCUUCUUUUACAAUGCCAUCAAGGCAUACACUAAGGAAGGGCGUCAGUCUGAACUGAGUGCCACAGAACACCUGCUGUCAGCCGCCCAAGCAGGUGUAUUGACUCUCACCCUAACCAACCCUAUCUGGGUGACUAAGACUCGCCUGGUGCUGCAGUAUAACGCUGAUCCCACCAGGAAACAGUAUAAAGGGAUGAUGGAUGCACUGGUGAAGAUCUACCGGCAUGAGGGGAUACCUGGACUGUACAGGGGGUAUGUUCCUGGUUUAUUUGGCACGUCACACGGGGCAUUGCAGUUCAUGGCCUAUGAGGAGUUGAAGAGAGACUACAACAAAUACAAGAAAAUGCCUUCAGAAGCUAAACUGAAUCCAUUGGAAUAUAUCACAAUGGCAGCUCUAUCCAAAAUAUUUGCUGUGGCUACCACAUACCCUUACCAGGUGGUGCGGGCUCGCCUGCAGGACCAGCAUAAUAAAUACAAUGGAGUCCUGGAUGUGGUCAGGAGGACAUGGAGGAAUGAGGGAGCUGUAGGGUUCUAUAAAGGCAUGGUGCCCAACCUGAUCCGUGUCACCCCAGCCUGCUGUAUCACCUUCGUGGUCUAUGAGAACGUGUCUCGCUUCCUGAUGGGCCAGAAGUGAGGAGGACUAAGGAGACAGCCAUGGAAGGACCACAAAAAGGAAGGGACUCAGACAGUGUAUGUGGCGCUAGAUAAGAUAAGCCAUGAACUGAAGUCUCCAGAACUGUCACAGCAGGUAAACUGGACAACUGAAGUCUCCAGAAUUGUCACAGCAGGUAACUGGACAACUGAAGCAGACAUGUCACCUGGAUGCACCUCUGGCAGCCGAGUCAAAACAUGAUGUUGACAAUGCUGAUAAUUAAAGACUGGUCUCUGUCUCUUCCUUGGAUGCAUCAGAGAAGAACAGACCUCACUGGAGGUACUAUACAGGAUGUGCGUGUGAAACAUCAAAGCAAAAUGAACCAUUUCAAUGCUGCUGGCUGUGAUGUGAGUACUGUGUGUGUGUGUUAAAAGAGCAUACUUGCUAUUUUCAGGGUACUAAUGUACGCCCAAUUUGUUUUUAUUUAAUGUAUUGGUGUACUGUAGUACAUAUAAUUAUGUCAUAGGAAAUGAUCAAAGAUGACUGAUUGCACCGUUUAACAUCUUUGAAAUAAUGUUAAUUUCAGAAGUCUUAAUCUGAAAUAUCAGUGUUUAAUUGGCAUUAGUUCAUUUUCAGGUAAAAUGUUCUACUAAAGUUGAAUGCUUUAUGUUGCUUUUGCAUUUCAGAUAAUUGUACAUUUUGCUGUGCUAUGUUCACUUGUCAUUUCAAAACGAUAUCAACACAUUCAUUUUUUAAUGAAUUCACCUGGUCAUGCAUAAACCAAUGUUCAACAAAACUUCUCUGAUAGAUAAACAUUUGUUAGCUUUUUGUAGCUUCAGAUUACAUUUAACAGCUGUCCUGUGUUCACUUUUCACUUGGAAAAAGAUAUCAACACAUGCAUUUCUUUAUUAAUUUACCUGGUAAUGCAUAAACCAAUGUUCAAAUGAUGUUCUUCUCUGAUAGGAACACAUUUGUUAGCUUUUUUUGCUUCAGAUGAAAUUUUAAAGCUGUGUCGUGUUAACUUGUCACUUGAAAAAUAUAUCUACCCAUGCAUUUCUUUAUGAAUUCACCAAUUUUCAAAAAACAUAUAUCCGAUAGGAAAACAUGUUAUAGUGUAAUGAGUAACACAAUGCAUGAUUCAUAUAAUACAUGACUUAAUUGACAGUAA